UUAAUAUAACAAAAAAUUAACUUUAUUUUGCAAGAUACGCUUUUCUAUGAGUGUAAUGUAAAAGUUUCGACAGUUAUCGGCCUGCUUUUAAUUUAUAAAUGCAGAAAGUAUAGCUGUAUCAUAGAUAACAGAUAUACCUACAUAUCGGACAUUUUUCGCACAAACAGAUAGAUAUCGAGGCAGAGCGCAUCGAUUGUACAACGAGCUAAAGGUCAAUGGCUUUAUAUCGUGUAUCGUUUUGCCGAUGUAAAAACAAACUUCUAUAUAAAUUAAAUUUAAAACGAUUUUAAGACCUGCGGGAGGAAAGCACGAAUCGGGCAUCGAAUUUUCUUACAACGAUAUUACACUGAUAUCGUUGCGACCUGUUUCUUCUUUGUUCCGAGAGACGUCAAGAUGGCCUUACAUCUGAUCUAAAUACCGUGGUGUAUCGAGCAUUUUCUGGCUCUGACGAAUAAAUAUACUUAAUUGCUAAGGAGAGAAAAUUAAUUCCUUGGACCUGGGUAAGCUCGUCGAUAAGCAGUCGAUUAUUUCUUACACCGGAAACUAUAAUCUCGCGUGUUAUGUUAGACGCUCGUGGCGAAAAUCGGCCGAUUACGGACACACACGUCAUCGACGAAAGGUUAUCAAGACAGUGAUAAGAACGAAGAAAUGGACAGCGAGAGGGUCGAAUAUAAAGCCGCCAAAGCCGACGGCCGCGUGACAAAUAAUCAUCGCAAGGGAUUAAAUUAUCACCAACUCAUUCGAAAGUGUUCAGAUAAUGAAAACAGAAUGCAAAAAAGGAAGGAAUUCUCUUGCGAGGCUACGGAGGAUGAAGCAGAAGAAGAAGAAGAACAGGAAAUUGACGAAGAUCGGAGCGAAGAGGAAGAUGGAAAAUUUCAGAAAGUGGAUACAAACCAAGAAGAAGUGAAUGAAAAUGAGCAGAAAACUGCACAGAUUGAACAGUGCGCGAUUUGUCAUGUUAUCAUCAACGACGCAAAUCUCGGCGAAACUGUCGCCAACUCCGAACAGGAUCCACACUGUUCCGAGAGCUAUUUGUUAUGUCAACGUUGUAUACGAAACUUUUCAAUCCGAUCAGUUGCGGAGCAUCCUCAGCCUCGAAGAUCACACACGAGUUUCUUCCAAGAUAGAAACAGCGAUCGCAACAUACAUCCGAGAACGUACGAUCCGCAUCACAAUCACUGGGCUUGCAAUUUCAAUAAGGCGGUAGGCGAAGGGAAUAAUAAAACGUUAGAUUACGAAUCGGAUGCCAUCUCAUACGUCGCUGAUCGCGAUCGAGGCAAUCUGCGGCGAGAGGAGCAAGUGGAAAGUUGCGGGAAACAAUAUCAACAGCAGCCUGGCUAUUGCAAUCUAAUGACAAAGAUGACAAGGAGAAAUGGUGCGGUGGAUCGAUCCUCCUGCGAGAUCAAAGUCAAAAGUCCCUCUUUGGUCGAUUGCUCUCGCAGACCCAUACGUUGCCCACGUCUAGAUUGCUCGGUGAACGUCGCCUUCUCGGCACUCACCCAUCACUUUCUUUUCGAUCAUCCAGAAGUGCCUGUCCUCAGUGUCGAACCUGGCGCCGAGAGCACACUUAUCGUCAGCUACGGAGCUCUCUCCUGCAACUCCAGUCGAUGUUUAGCUCUCUUACUGGUGUCCGGAAAACUCUCAGAUUCCUCAGCGAGGCUGUUCGGUAGCAUUCAAAUAAAUCCUAAGUAUCGGAAUCGAUUGCCUCUGCCGGUGUUGGCAGCGCGUCUGCACAGCAGCCACGAUUACGCGUGUCGUGAGGAGAUGCACGCCGGCGGAGAAGGCCAGUGCGAGAAGGACAUGAUCAUUGCCUGGGUGGCGGGAUUAGACGUCGGCGACACGGCUGACAGACUUCGGUGUAGCAUUCAGGCUGUCGAUAGCAUCGAGAACGGGGGAUUUCGUUCGCUCACGUACACAGGCCCUGUGACGUCUCUGAGAGUCGCUCAAUGUCCACGUGAAGUCUUCUUGGCUGGUGAUUGUAUAGUUCUUCACGAGGGAUUAAUCAGCCAUAUCACCUCCGGCUGUACCAGUCUCAAUGUAAAUGUUAUUGUACAUUAAACAUGUGUUCUG